AUGCUGAGGCUCGACGGAAAGGUUGCCCUCAUUACUGGGCUUGGCCAAACCAGUGAAGAUGGAUGGGGAAUUGGGGCAGCGAUUGCAAUGCAACUGUCUCAACAGGGGGCAGUGAUCUACGGUGGCAAUCGCUCGUUGGCCUCGGCUGAAAGAACGAAAGCGCGGAUCGAACGAGAGGGAGGCGUGUGUGACGUCCAGGAAACCGACGUGACCGAUUCAGCAUCCGUGAAGGCUCUGGUCGACGGCUGCAUCCAACGACAUGGUCGCAUUGAUAUUCUGAUCAAUAAUGUCGGCAAGUCCGAGCCUGGAUGUCCGGCGGAGAUGAGGGAAGAAAUCUGGGAUCAACAGGUCGAUUUGAAUCUGAAAAGCAUAUACUUGACGUGUCACUACGUUCUACCCAUUAUGGAGAAACAAGAGACGGGCGGAUCAGUUGUCAAUGUUUCCAGCAUUGCAGGACUACGAUAUAUCGGAAAGCCCCAAGUGGCUUACUCGGCUACAAAGGCUGCGAUUAUGCAGUUCACCAAGGCCACGGCCGUGAUCUAUGCGCCAAAGAAUGUCCGACUGAACACGAUAGUACCUGGGUUGAUCUAUACGCCGUAUACUCAAGCGCUCGCCAAGCGAUAUGCUCCGGGAGGUAAUGAGGAGGAGUAUAUGAAGAUGCGUGAUGCCCAGGUUCCUAUGGGACGGAUGGGAGACGCUUGGGAUGUGGCCCACGCCGCCCUUUUCCUUGUCUCUGAUGCGGCACAGUAUAUAACGGGGCAGGAGCUGGUGGUGGAUGGUGGAAUCACAUCGUCUACAGGGAGAACAUAA